CAAAAUUCAAUUGCGAUUCAGCAUUCGGUCGAAACGGUUGUGAAUGCGCUCGCGAGCCGCGUAAUAUAUUUUAUAUUGUGAGUGAAUUACAGUCCUCCUCUCAAGUGCUGCUAGUGAGGAGAUUGAACACAAAUAGUAAAAGCAACAUAAACAGACAAAGUAUCAGCCAAAACAUAGAAAACGCUGAACUUUAAUUGUGGCAUAAAAACAGAAAGCUAGUAAGAACAAUUACUUAGUACACAUACUAAGUAUAGAUCGUGACAAAGAUCUUCAAAAACAAAAAAUAAAUAUAUAAACGUGAGUGUUUGUGUGAGUGUUUUCUGAUCAUUCGUAUCGAAAUGCAAAUUACAAAAUCAUAUUAACAAAUUGCAUUUGAAAAUUUGUGUUAAUACAACAAACGGUGCUCGCGAAUGGGAUUGAAUGCUUAAAACAUUAUGUCGAUUGUGUGCAUCUUAGAACAGAAGGUGAAUUUUAUCAAAGAGGCUGCAACAAGCAAACAUAUUCUAACACUCAAAAACAGCAAUAAGACCAAUAGCAACAACUGUGCGGAUAACAACAACAGUCGAUGUGCAAUAUCAUCAUUCGCAGCCAAUGACAACAAAGCACAAUUUGAGCUUGCGAACAUUAAUCUGAAACUGCUGCAGUAUAAUCGCCAGUAUCAGGAUCAGAAACAGGAGUACAGCGAGUUCGCUUCUCCUCCACUGUCCCACUCAGUGGUGCUUAAACGGGAGCGGCAGGGAGAAGAGACAGAAGAAGAAGAAGACGACGACGAGCUGCAGGCGACGGCAAUGCCCGAAGUGCUCACUGCCACGCCCACCCAGAGUCAUAACAAAGCUCCCGUCUCUGCCUCCAUGAUGAGCAGCGUACGCAUGACGACUAUCUCACCCACGUUGUCCAUGAACGGAAGUUCCAACGAAGCCACCAAUCUUCAUCCAUUGUCCAUGUAUGGCGGUUCAAUCAGUCCACAGUCCAAUGACAGCGGAAUGUCGGAGAGCCACAGCAUGGGCAAGUUUGUGCCCACCGGCGGCUACGGGGAUGGUCACAGUCACAGUCACGGUCACGGCCACAAUCACGGACACAGUCUCGGCCAUGGACAUGGUCACAGUCUGAUGGGCAAGCCUGCGAGUGGAGGUAGCUCGCCAUCCACAAUGACGGCCGCACAGAAGGAGCUGUUCUCGCAGCGCAAGCAGCGCGAGUUUACGCCGGACAACAAGAAGGAUGAGAGCUACUGGGAUCGGCGACGACGCAACAAUGAGGCAGCCAAAAGGAGUCGCGAGAAGCGACGCUACAACGACAUGGUGCUGGAGCAGCGCGUUAUUGAGCUGACCAAGGAGAAUCAUGUGUUGAAGGCGCAGUUGGAUGCCAUUCGCGACAAGUUCAACAUAUCUGGCGAGAAUCUGGUGAGCGUGGAGAAGAUCCUCGCCUCUCUGCCCACCAGCGAGCAGGUGCUCAGCAAUACAAAGCGCGCCAAGAUAAGCAGUGGCACCUCCUCCUCCUCGUCCAAUGGCUCCUCUCUCGCCUCUUCGGUCUCCUCGCCCGAAGCCAACGCCGGCGACAACUCGCCCCCACCACAUGGCCAUGGCUAUGGUAGUGGCUCCAUUGCUCCGCCUCUCUCGCCCAUCAUCUAUGGACCCAACAGCAACAACAACAGCAGCAGCAGCAACAGCAGCCAGCGUGUCAACGAUGCGACAGUCAACAAGAAUGGCCAUCUUGUGGUGCAGCAUGCUGGGCCGCCAGCGCCGACGGCAUUGCCGUUGUCACUGACUGCGCCCCAUCCUCAAACGCAUGCGCAUGCGCAUCCACAACCGCAUCCUCAUCAUGCCUAUCAACAGUUGCAGCAGCAUCAACAACAGCAACAGCAGCAGACACAAGAGGCCGUUGCUCCGCCCUCGCCAAAUGAUGCACACAACCGCCCGCUGCCGCCCAGCAAUGCCAUCGCCAAUCUGGUGCAACAGGCGCUCCAUCGCAACGUCAGGCCCGAGGAUUUGGACAGUCUGCGCAAGGUUGUGGCCGUGGGAGCUCUCUACAACGCAGCUGCUGUGGGCGCCACGCCAGCGGCUUACGUCUCCCCAGCUGUGUCAGCGACGACGCCGACUUCUGCUUCCGCCUCCGCCUCCGCCUCAAUGUACAUGUCCUCGAUCAGCAAGGAACAGCUGGAGGCAGCCAACUACCUGCACAGUCACAACCUUAGCCACAACCACAACCACAAUCAGAGUCAGAGUCAGAGCCUCGGCCAGAGCGUCGAGGGAGCUGUCAGCAGCAGCGCUGUGGACGCUGUGAGCAGUUCGUGCUCUGGUUCCUCAUCGGUGGUCAGUUCAGCGGCAGCCAGCGUUUUGAAUCUGUCGCGGCGCGCCUGCUCGCCCAGCUACGAGCACAUGCUCUCCUCGACCACCUCGUCGACGUCAUCGUCUGCGUCGUCGUCGGGCGCCGUCUCCGGUGACGAUGAGCAGGAGCAUGACAUUGCCGAGGAGCAUUUGCAUCCGCUUUCGCAUACGCAUCAGCAUGCACUUCAGCAUCCCCAUCAGCCGCAGCACACACUGUCGCUGGGAGCGCACAGCAAUGCUGGCAACAACAGCAGUGAUGCCAACAACUGUUUGCCUCUCAAGCUGCGGCACAAAUCGCAUCUAGGCGACAAGGAUGCGGCGGCGACGGCGCUGCUUUCGCUGCAGCACAUCAAACAGGAGCCCAGCUGCAAUCGUGCAUCGCCUCCAGCGUGGAACGACGGUGGCGAUAACUCCAGCGAUGAGCGCGACUCGGGCAUUUCAAUUGCCAGCAGCGAGUGGACAACGCAAUUCCAACGCAAGCUCCUCGCUCCCAAAGAGGCCGCGAACGCCGCCGCCGCUGCCGCCGCGGUCUCUGUGGCCGUUGGCGUAGUGUCCAACGUGGAGCGAGACCAGAUGCUAAAGAGUCAGCUGGAGAGGCUGGAAUCGGAGGUGGCAAGCAUUAAGAGUAUGAUGAUUCUCGCCGAGUAGGAGAUGAGAGAGCGAGAGCGAGAGCGAGGAGAGAGAGCGAAUAGACAGAUUGAAAUUGGUUCGAGAUACUUUUGAAUGCAAAUGCAGAAUGUGAUUGCAACUAUAUGCGAAUUGGAUGGGAUAUGGAGUGGAUUGAGAAUGGAUGUCGAUACACAUACA